AACCAUGGAUGUAUUGGAAAACGAUUUCAUAGACUACCAGUACCCCUUGUCAGUCCUCGAAAAACUAAAGACAUUCUGGCUCACCAAAACACUGUGUGAUGCAACUCUAGAGGCAGGACCAGUUAAAGUCUACGUCCAUCGCCUGAUCUUAUUGGCAGCAAUCCCAGGGUUGACUCAGAUGCAGAUUUCGAACUCAGAAAAGCCGUUAGAACUUAUCCUUCCAGCUAGCAUUAAGACUGAUGCCCUGAACAACAUAGUACAUUACUGGUACACAGGAACACUUCAUCUAACCCCACAGAAUGCUCCAUGGGUAGAACAAAUUGUCCAUCUCUUAGGACUGGAAAGCCUCUUUGCAUUCUGCAAGCAAUAUCACAACUAUCUUAGGCAAAAGAAAAUUCUGAUUCCUGCAUGUGAGCUCUUCACAACCCCAGUUGUUGUCCUGUGUGAGUUAGAGAGAGUUACACAGCUUCAUUAUCUGGAAUCAAAGGAUCAUUUAUCUCAUUUUCUGAGACAGCACUCCUCACUCAUUCCUGUAGUUGUAAGAACCAAAGAAAAUGUUUCACAUCAAGAGGCAUUAGAAACAAAAGUAAAGAACGAUGGAAAUGAGAUUGAAAAUCCAGAACUAGCAUUAAAUCACAGUGAUUUCACACUAGGAACAUUCCCUCAGUCUUCUCUUAAAGGAAGAUUACAUUUUCAGAUUUGUCGCAGUACCGGAGAGGGUGAAGAGAGUAAUGCAUCCGUAUGUGAGAGUCAUCCUUCUCCACAAAUAUCAGCAUCACAAACCCCAGCAUCAACACAAAUACCAGGGUUAGUAGAUUUAAGCUAUAACAAUGACAAUGUAGUUAGAUCUAAUACAGACAGUCUGCCGCAGCUACAGACGAGGGCCCCAAAUAUUCCCAAUUUACAAGAGAUGCCAGAAACCAAUGCUAGGACAGGACCACAAUGUGUAGAACAGAAUAUUAAACAAGAACCAUUGUCUGACUCUGAAAUGGAAAGUUGUCAACAAGGUGACAAUCUGGUGAAUCAUGAGAAUAGUGGAGAUAAGAGGGAUUCAGUAUAUAAGUUCAUUUCUAGACUGGUUGAUAAGUACAUGGAGGGUGAUGCUGAAUCAACAAAUUGGUCAAUGAAUGACAAGCAGCUCCUGAAAAACCAGACUCCCAGUUGCAAGGAUACUACAACUAUAUCUUUGGAAAGAAUUUUGAAAGAAAAGGAAAAAGCAGAUAGAAAUAAAGAGUUUUUGGAGGAAACAAAUCAAAAAUACACCAGGACAGAGCAGCCAUUAGUUAUCCAAUAUGACACCUGUCCCUCAUGUAAUCUUAAAUUCCACUCCGAAGAUCAGCUCAAGGCACAUUUAAAGCUCCACUUAACAUUGUGUCCAGGUACCAGAUCAUCAGAAAAGCUUACUCCCAAUUCAUUUGUCAUGAACCAAAGACCUAGUAACAGUUCAUCUGAAACUUUGACUCCCAAUUCAUCUGUCCUGAACCCAAGAGUUAGUAUAAGUUCAUCAGAAAAACUGACUCCUAAUUCAUUUAUCAUGAACCCGAGAACUAGCCCAAGUUCAUCAGAGAACCCAACUCCCAAUUCAUCUGUUUUGAACAGAAGAGUUAGUGCCAGUUCAUUGGAAGACCUGACUCCUUUCCCUUCUGUACUAAAUCAGAAACCAACAUGCAGUGCCAGUUUAUCAGAAAUCCUGACCCCUAGUUUGAACCAGCCUGUGGAGAGAUUGAGUACUGAUCCCAGCUCUGAUAAUCAACAGUCCAUAGGUAUUUCCUCAAAGUCUACUGACGAGCGAUCUGAAGAUAUCUCGUCAGAAACCGAGGACUUCACAGCCUACUGCCCACUCUGCCUGAUUAACUUUGUAUCAAGGAAGGCCUACAUGGCUCACCUGAAUACCUGUUAUAAUACGUUUCACCACAGACAACAGAACAAGUUCAUGCAGAAGGAGUGGAGUUGCCUGUCUCAAGCAAAUCGAGUUCCCUUCCAAAGUAGCUCAAGUGGUAGAAUCUUCUCCUUUGUCAGGCCAAUUUGUACCAAUAGCACCUUACCAACAGAGGAUAGAUGCUCAGUGAAUGGUGUGGUGUAUGAUGUUUCUUUACCAGCAGAUGACAGAAGCUUUGUAAACAGCGUGGCAUACACCAGCAGCUCUUUGUCAGUGGAUGUUAGAAAUGCUGAAAACACAGACACUGGGCUGACACUUAAAGGAAGUCAGGAAAAAAAUGAAGUGGCAUCCAUAGAAAGUGAAACUUCAUUGCAGAGAGGGAAUGGAGAUGAAAACUUAUGUGGAAACACAACUGCUAAUGCCAGUGGAGAUCUUGCUCUCUCAGAAAGGGCUGAAGGAGAGACAGUCAGUUCAGCUAGCUGUCAAACUGGUCCAAGCAAGGAGGAUUUAAAAAUAAGAAUAACAGAUGUACGGACACUGAAAGGCUUGCCUGAAGAGACAAAUAUUCAUGUAACAGCAGCAACUCUUGAACAUCAGAAAAUUUGUAUUAAUCAGACUCUGGGACAGGUGGAUCAUCAAAACAUUCCUUGUAACAACAGACAAAAAUCUAUGUUUGAAGUGACAGCUGAGGGAAACAAGUUGUUCAUUAAGAAAAAAGCUUCUGAUAAGAAAGGUCAGAGUAUAGCUGUAAAUGACAAAGGUCAAAAUAAAGCUGUAAAUGACAAAGGUCAAAGUAUAGCUGUAAAUGACAAAGGUCAAAGUAAAGCUGUAAAUGACAAAGGUCAAAGUAUAGCUGUAAAUGACAAAGGUCAAAGUAUAGCUGUAAAUGACAAAGGUCAAGGUAUAGCUGUAAAUGACAAAGGUCAAAGUAUAGCUGUAAAUGACGAAGGUCAAAGUAUAGCUGUAAAUGAGAAUAAUCACAGUAAAGCUUUAAAUGGAAAAAGUCAGAGCAAAGCUUUAAAUUGGAAAGUUCAAGAUAGAACAGUUAUUGGAAAAGAAUGUAAAAACCAAAUAUGUGAAAAACCAAAAAUGGAUGUCACCAGAAAAAGAGGAAGGAGAAAGCAGAAUAAUAUUGAAACAAGUGUACAGUGUCAAAAGAACCAAGAAACGGGUAGGAGACAGAAAAGGAAGAAUGGUGAAACUGCACCUCCUGUGUCGUCAGCUUCAAACAAGGAUAAACCAUCUUUUAAUUCACAGAACAGUGGACAGGGCACAGUCAAGAUAGUCAUUUCCCAAACUCCUAUCAAGAAAUUAACAAACAUUGUGGCUGCUGUCACAAAGAAUGAAAAUACUUUCAAGUUGAAGAGAAAAUACCAAGGUUUAGAUGGAGACAAAACUAAAGACAAAAAUUCCACAGAAAUAAAAUGUACAGUAGUUGCUGAAAGUAACAACACUCAAGGCAGGCAACAAAUCAACCAACAGAGCAGUAGGAAGUUUUACAGAUUCAAAAACCAAUCCAAAGAGGCAGUCGUUCACCAGUCCUCGGUUCAUAGAUCGCGAGGUCACAGAAAGUCUCCAGUGGUGUCUGUAUGUGCAACAGCAGAUCUUCAAACAGCAAACUGUACCCAAUCUCCUGCACAACAAACACAGGUUACAACCAUGUACAAUUCAGCCUUGUGCAUGUCUCCGGCCUUGAAUGUCAACAGUCAGAUGCAUUGUAGAAGGAGUUCCAUUCAGGAAAAAAUUGCAAGUGUGUACAGAAAGAACUGUAUCAUUAUUCCAAAGGAAUGGAAAAAAUGGAAAGAAGACACCUCAAAGCUGGAAGGAACAGGUGCUCCAUGUCAAUAUACAGGAACAGGUGCUCCAUGUCAAUAUACAGGAACAGGUGCCCCAAGUCAAUAUACAGGAACAGGUGCCCCAUGUCAAUAUACAGGAACAGGUGCUCCCUGUCAAUAUACAGGAACAGGUGCCCCAAGUCAAUAUGCAGGAACAGGUGUGCAAUGUCAAUAUACAGGAACAGGUGCCCCAAGUCAUUAUACAAAAACAGGUGCCCCAAGUCAAUAUACAGGAACAGGUGUGCAAUGUCAUUAUAAAGGAACAAGUACCCCAUGUCAACAUACAGUGCCCUUGAAGAAGAGAAAACAAUAUUGAUUUGAUUGGAUAAACUUUUUCUUAAAAGAAACUAUUUAACUGGUAGGACUAUGUAUUAUUAUGUCUAUUACAAU